GCCUGGACUCUGCCCAGAAAGUUUUGUACAGGGACGUGAUGUUGGAGAAUUAUAGGAACCUAGUCUCCCUGGGAAUCUCUCUUUCUGACCUGAAUAUUAUCUCCAUGUUGGAGCAAGGGAAAGAGCCCUGGACUGUCGAGAGCCAAAUGCAGAUAGCAAGAAAACCAAAUAGGGGGGAAUGGAUCAAAGGAGUUAACUCAGAUAUCUCUCCUAAAUGUGUGAUCAAAGAAUUACCAACAAUAGAGAACAGAGAUGCAGUAGAAACAUUCCAGACAGUGAUGUUGGAAAGACAUGAAAGCCAUGACACUGAAAAUUUUUACUUCAGGAAAACCCAGAAAAAUAUACAUGAUUUUGAGUUUCAAUGGAGAAAUAGUGAAAGAAAUUACAAAGGAGUGCCUGUGACUCAUCAAAACAAUCUCCCUCACAAAAGAAAUCGACAUUAUCAAGGGGAUGCAGAAAAUAAGCCUAUUGGAAAUCAACUUAGAUUAAGCUUUCAGUCACAUCUGGCUGAACUGCAGAAAUUUCAAACUGAAGGGAAAAUGUAUGAAUGUAAUCAAAUUGAGAAGACAAUUAACAAUGGUUCCUCGAUUUUACCACUUCAAGGAUUGCUUCCUAGUGUCCAAACUAACGUUUCUAGGAAAUAUGGGAAUGCUUUGCAUCCCUUGUUACUCAGACAAGACCAGAAAGCAUGCAUUAGGGAAAAACCUUAUAAAUGUAAUGAAUGUGGGAAGACCUUUAGAGUGUCUUCAAGCCUUACCAACCAUCAGGUAAUCCAUACUACAGAGAAACCUUACAAAUGCAAUGAGUGUGGCAAAGCUUUUCAUCGGGCCUCACUCCUCACUGUACAUCAGAUAAUCCAUACAGGAGAGAAACCAUAUCAAUGUGAUGUAUGUGACAAGGCCUUUAGUCAAAAUUCAAAUCUUGUAAAUCACUGGAGAAUUCAUACUGGAGAGAAACCAUACAAAUGUAAUGAAUGUGGCAAGUCCUUUAUUCAAAGUUCCAGCCUUGUAAUUCAUCAGAGAAUUCAUACUGGAGAGAAACCUUACAAAUGUAAUGAGUGUGGCAAAGCCUUUCGACGGGGCUCAUACCUCACUACACAUCAGAUAAUCCAUACAGGAAAGAAACCAUUUAAAUGUGAUGUGUGUGCUAAGGUCUUUAGUCAAGCCUCACAUCUUGCAAAGCAUCGGAGAAUUCACACUGGAGAGAAACCAUACAAGUGUAAUGAAUGUGACAAGGUCUUCAGUCAAAAUUCAUAUCUUGCAAGACAUCGGAGAAUUCACACUGGAGAGAAACCUUACAAAUGUAAUGAGUGUGGCAAAGCCUUUAACAUGGGCUCAUUACUCACUAGACAUCAGAUAAUUCAUACCAGAGAGAAACGUUACAAAUGUCAUGAAUGUGGCAAGGUCUUUAGUCACAACUCAUCCCUAGCACGCCAUCGGGGAAUUCAUACCGGAGAAGAAAAACCUUACAAAUGCAAUGAAUGUGGCAAAGCUUUUAAUUGGUGGUCACUUCUCUCUAGACAUCAGAUAAUCCAUGUCAGAGAGAAACCAUAUAAAUGUGAUGUAUGUGACAAGGUGUUCAGUGAAAGUUCACGACUUGUAAGACAUCUAAGAAUUCAUACUGGGGAGAAACCUUACAAAUGUAAUGAGUGUGGCAAGGUCUUCAGUUACAGUGCAAACCUUUCGAUUCAUAGGAGAAUUCAUACUGGAGAGAAACCUUUUAAAUGUAAUGAAUGUGGCAAGGUCUUCAGUUACUACUCGUGCCUGGCACGACACCGUAGAAGUCAUACUGGAGAGAAACCUUACAAGUGUAAUGAGUGUGGCAAAGCAUAUAGUGAGCGUUCAAGCCUCAGCAAACAUCAGAUAAUUCAUAUUGGAGCAGAACCUUCCAAUUGUAAUGAAUUUGGCAAGGCUUUUAUCCAAAGUUCUAAACUUGUAAGAUAUCACAGAAAUCCUACAGGGGAGAAACCACACAAAUGUAGUGAAUGUGCUAAAGCUUUUAUACAUAGGGCAAGCUUGGUGUACCAUCAGAGAAGACAUACUGGAGAGAUGCCAUACAAAUGUGUUGAAUGUAGCAGGGUCUUCAAUUCUGCUUCUAACCUUGCAAGUCACCGGAGAAUUCAUACUGGAGAGAAACCUUACAAAUGUAAUGAAUGUGGCAAGGUGUUCCGUCAUCGCUCGCCACUAGCACGUCAUCGGAGUAUUCAUACUGGAGAGAAACCUUACAAAUGUAAUGAGUGUGGCAAAGCCUUUAGAGUGCGCUCAAUCCUAGUUAAUCAUCAGGUAGUGCAUACUGGAGAGAAACCUUAUAAAUGUAAUGAAUGUGGUAAAACUUUUAUCCAAAGGUCAAAGCUUGUAUACCAUCAGAGAUGUCAUACUGGAGAGAAGCCAUACAAGUGUACUGAAUGUGGCAAGGCCUUUGGGCAGUGGUCUUGCCUCAACAGGCACCAAAGAAUUCAUUCUGGAGAAAAACCUUAUAAAUGUAAUGAGUGUGGCAAAUCUUUUAUUAGUCGCUCAGGACUUACUAAACACCAGACAAAACAUACUGGAAAGAACCUUACAAAUACACUGAAUGUGGCAAGGCCUUUAGACAUUGUUGUGACUGCUUCGCUCGCCAAAUGAUACUUACAUAUGCAGUGCACACCGCAUAGUUUCAAACUAGUGUUCAGCAGAUGUAAAAA